AUGUCUUCCCUCUACCUCCUCCUGCUGCUGCUCCCCCUGGCGGCAGCUCAGACGUUUCACUGGGGUCCCUGCCCCACACCCCCAGUUCAGCCCGCAUUCAACCUCCAGCAGUAUCUGGGGAGAUGGUACGAGAUGGAGAAGCUUCCGGCUUCAUUUGAAAGAGGAAAGUGCAUCGAAGCAAAUUAUUCUCUGAGGAAAGAUGGAACCAUCCGGGUGCUCAACUCCCAGUUCGAUCGGAACAAGACGAGGACGGGCGAGGGGACAGCGGUGGUUCGAGACCCGAGAGAAGCAGCCAAGCUGGGAGUCAGCUUCUCCUACUUCUCUCCCUACAGCCCGUACUGGGUUCUGUCCACCGACUACAGCGGCUUCACCGUCGUGUACUCGUGCAACGACUUCUUCCGCGUGUUCCACGUGGACUUCGCCUGGAUCCUCACCCGCUCGCGCUUCCCGCCCCGGGAGACGGUGCAGAACGCCAAAGACCUGAUGACCAGAGAGGGAAUCGACCUGAGCGGGAUGAAGCCCACAGAUCAGACCGGCUGCAAAGACAAUUGA